UCUCUUCAAAAUCCCUUAUAGAUCUUUAUUCGACAGGUGGUGAGCAGUUUCACUCUCUCACGCCAUGAGCGCCAAGACUCUGUUCUACUCCCCGAAUUUCCGCGCUCCGCCCGAUAUAUCGGCCCGAAGUAGAGUGUUCCGGCCUGGAGUUAAGUCGGGAGGCCCGCUUCAGCUUCAACUUCGUGUCCGGCUUCUCUCCGGAGGAAGGAGUUGUUCGUUUCGGGUUUCGGUUCGGGAUGUGGAAUCCGAGUCGUUUAAUAUAUCGGAUUCGUUGCCGGAGUCGGUGAAGUUUGAUGAGGCAUUAGACGAUGUCGUAGUAAGAAGCGAGGAUUUGGAGAGUUCCGUUCCGUGGUGGGAACAGUUCCCAAAACGUUGGGUUAUCGUGGUUUUGUGUUUUUCGGCUUUCUUGCUUUGCAAUAUGGAUAGAGUAAAUAUGAGUAUUGCUAUACUUCCGAUGUCAGCUGAGUACAAUUGGAACCCGGCAACAGUUGGUUUGAUACAGUCUUCGUUCUUCUGGGGUUACCUCCUUACGCAGGUUGCUGGUGGCAUAUGGGCGGAUACUGUAGGUGGGAAGCUGGUUCUUGGAUUUGGUGUAGUUUGGUGGUCCAUUGCUACAGCUCUUACUCCCGUCGCUGCUAAAUUAGGCCUGCCAUUCCUACUUGUUGUUCGUGCUUUCAUGGGGAUCGGUGAGGGUGUUGCUAUGCCUGCCAUGAAUAAUAUUCUGUCCAAAUGGGUUCCUGUAGCAGAGAGAAGUAGAUCAUUAGCUCUGGUGUACAGUGGGAUGUACCUUGGAUCGGUUACUGGCUUGGCCUUUUCACCUUUUCUAAUACAUCAAUUUGGAUGGCCAUCGGUCUUUUACUCCUUUGGUUCUUUGGGGACAGUUUGGUUUACUGUGUGGCUAAGUAAGGCAUACAGUUCACCUCUUGAAGAUCCUCAGCUGCGUCCAGAAGAAAAAAAGCUAAUUAUGAUGAACAGUGUUUCCAAGGAACCUGUUAAAACAAUACCUUGGGGAUUAAUCUUGUCAAAACCACCUGUAUGGGCCCUUAUAGUGUCUCACUUCUGUCACAACUGGGGAACAUUUAUUCUACUGACAUGGAUGCCGACAUACUAUAACCAAGUCUUGAAGUUCAAUCUCACAGAAUCUGGGCUUAUUUGUGUUUUGCCCUGGCUUACAAUGGCAUUUUCUGCAAAUCUUGGAGGGUGGAUCGCAGAUACACUUGUCAGCAAGGGUUUAUCCGUGACCACGGUUCGCAAGAUAAUGCAAACCAUUGGAUUUCUUGGCCCUGCUUUCUUCUUAACUCAGUUGAGCCAUGUUGAUUCUCCUGCAAUGGCUGUUUUGUGCAUGGCAUGCAGUCAGGGAACUGAUGCAUUCUCACAAUCUGGUCUAUAUUCAAACCAUCAGGAUAUUGCCCCUCGUUAUUCUGGGGUACUGCUUGGUCUAUCUAAUACAGCAGGAGUUCUAGCUGGGGUUUUUGGAACUGCAGCAACCGGCUACAUCUUGCAACACGGUUCUUGGGAUGAUGUUUUUAAGGUUUCAGUUGGACUCUACCUGGUUGGAACUGUUGUAUGGAAUCUUUUCUCAACGGGCGAGAAAAUAUUGGAUUAACCCUUUGAGAAUUUUUAUCUUCAGCAAGUGGCAGCUUAAAACGGUUCACAAGGUUGAGCUCUUAUAGCAAAAGAUCAACCGAUUCUAUACGUAACGAAAGAUUUAAACAAAGUCAAAUUCAUUUGAGAAAAAAUGCAAGAAUUUUCUAUGAACAAUCUUGAUCUUCAAGAUGGCAAAAUUUUCUACAGGCCAAGCAUAGAGCUCGCAACUAGAGAAGGAAAAGUGGCGAAUAAAUG